GGGGCGGAGCGGGCCAGCCUAUGGCCACGGUGUUGUCGAAACUGAAAAUACUACAUUAUGCUAAUCGCCGAGGGGACCCGCGCGCGCGGGGGUGGGGCCGGCGCGUAUAAAGGGGGCGCAGGCGGGCUGGGCGUUCCACAGGCCGAGUGCGCUGUGCUCGAAGGGUGCCGGCUAGGCCCGAGAGAGCGAGCGGACAGGCAAAGGCAAGCUCCGAGGGGGCGCGGCCGAGGCUGGACAGGACAAGCGGUCGAGACGCGGGAGCCGUCCACCACCAGACAGCCAGUCCCCCGGCCAUGUCCGACGUGUACCUCCGCAGCAGAUCAGCGAUGGAGCGCUUGGCGUCCAACGACACCUACCCGGUGAUGGCGCGCAGUAGCGCCUGCCGCAGCCUCUUCGGGCCUGUGGACCACGAGGAGCUGGGCCGCGAGCUGAGGAUGCGCCUGGCGGAGCUGAGCGCAGAGGACCAGAACCGCUGGGACUUCAACUUCCAGCAGGAUGUGCCUCUUCGCGGCCCCGGCCGUCUGCAGUGGAUGGAGGUGGACAGCGAGUCUGUGCCCGCCUUCUACCGCGAGACGGUGCAGGUGGGGCGCUGUCGCCUGCUGCUGGCGCCCCGGCCUCCCCCGGUGGCUGUGGCUGUCAUCCCGCCUCCAGGGCCGCCAGCCGGCGAGGCCCUCGACGGCCUGGAGGAGGCGCCUGAGCAGCCACCCAGCGCCCCGGCCCUGGCCGUGGUCGCUGCGCCCACCCCGCUCCCGGCCCUGGUCCCGGCUCCGGCCCCGGCCUCGGCCUCAGAUGCAGCCUCGGAGUCGAUCCCCGAGCUGACUUCGGACGCGACCUCGGAGCCGACCCCGGAGCCGACCCCGAACGCGAACCCGGACGUGGAGCCUGAGGACGGCGCGGAGCAGGACGAGGAGCGGGACGAGGAGCAGGACGCGGAGCAGGGCGCGGAGCAGGGCGCGGAGCCGGGCGACGAGCAGGACGCUGAGCAGGACGCGGAGCCGGGCGCGGAGCAGGGCGAGGAGCAGGACGCGAACCAGGCGCAGCGCGGACGGGACCUGAACGGCGAGCAGCCUCUCUCGGGGAUCCCAGGACGUCCCGCGGCCGGCACUGCUGCGGCCACUGCGAACGGUGCGAUCAAGAAGUUGUCGGGGCCUCUCAUCUCCGACUUCUUCGCCAAGCGCAAGAGAUCUGCGCAGGAGAACAAGGCGUCCAACGACGUCCCUGCGGGGUGCCCCUCUCCUAACGUGGCUCCCGGGGUGGGCGCGGUGGAGCAGACCCCGCGCAAGCGUCUGAGAUGAGUUAGUUUAGAGCCUAACAGCCCCGAGAGAACUUGCUGGGCAGCUGGGCGGCGGACGAUGGAAGAACUCUGGGCCACGGCGGGGACCUUUCGUUCUUGUAGAAGCAACCGGCGAUGGCUGCUCAAAGCAGCCCACGGUUUUGUGUUUGAAAUCUGAAAACUGUGCAAUGUAUUAGUAAUAACACUCUAAAGAGUCGUGUGCAAGGAGUACGCUGGUCCCAAGGUGUAAAGCUUUAAGUCAUUUAUGUAAAAUGUUUGAUCUCUGCUGGCUUAGUGCAAAAAACAAAAAAGGAAGCUAGAAACGUAGUUAAAAAAAUGAGAAAAAAGGAAAAAACAUGUAUAUUUGUACAAAAAGUUAAAAAAACCUAUGCUAACUUAAUAUUUUCUAUUUAUCCACGCGUGGGUCUCUCUCUGCCACGCAAUUGCUGGGUUAUUGAUUAUACCAAAGGCACUAGAAAUCACCAGCUUCAGAUUACCCAUAAAUGUAAAUUUACUCAUAGGUAGAGUUUAGAGAAGAUCGAUACACCAACGUGCCCGUCAAACGCAUCCCCACCUAGCUCCUCAGUUUCCUCCCCCGUUAGCUGCUUUCGCUAUCUAAAACUUGGUGACCAGAUUGUCGAAAUGGUUCCUGAACCGACAGUACCAACUUGCCCAGGGCUCCUCGUCCGCCAGGUUCUAAAUAAAGAGGCCCAAAAGAAAAA